AUGACGUCUGCAUGUUUGAUAAUUUUUAAUUUCACUCUCAGUUUGACAAACUACGUUCAAGUCAACUCUGAGACAACACUUUUGCAAAAAGGAGAAGAAGAAGUCAUGCUGACCUGCAAUCCGAUACAAAAUAAAAUUCUUACGAAUAAUUUCGUUAGAAAGAGUUGCUUAGCUUAUGCACCUAAAACUCAAGAAUGA